UCUGGGUUUUCUAAGCAGACAGGGAGAGAUAACUGUACUGUAUCCCAGUCUAGCGGAUUGGAGUGAAAGUCCGCCAUAUUCUGCUUUACCACGCCCGGGAGUCGAGCUAUUGGAAAUAAAACGGGGGACCUCGUGUUCGUGUAUUUUUAUUUUCUUUCUGUUGCCCUGAAUUACGGAGUAUAACCUCGCCGUAAGGGAUACUGUCGAGACGAAAUAACCAAAACCGAGGACUUCUACAGAAGAGUGACUGAGCGCGGAUGAGAAUGCUUGACGAGAUCACACAGAGCAGUACGGAGGAUAUGUCUUAAAAGGAUCUGUUGAUCAUAUUGAGAAGGAAAAGAAGAUUACACCAAUUAAGGUUUUGCACAGAUAUUCCAUGCGAACGGCUCCGCGAACCAUUUGUGAAGUGUCGGGAGCCCGGAACGCGAACCGAAACGGGGGGAGGGGGGAGAAUAAUUUCUGAAAUCUACAUUUUCCUUUCCCCCCCAAAUCUGUGCACUCUUUAGGCAAAUAUAUAAGGGCGUCCACGCGUUAUUUCACCACAAACAGGCCUGCACGAGGGCGUUAUUGAGCUUUCCUAGGCCUCGAUUUUUCAAUCAAACUCAAAUCUGGAUGAAUUACUGAGGGGCAGAAGCGGGAAAAGUGCGUGUUUGGAAAAGAAAAGGAAGAAAAAAAAAGAUAAUGACCCUGGAGUCCAUAAUGGCGUGCUGCCUCAGCGAGGAGGCGAAAGAAGCCAGGCGGAUCAACGACGAGAUCGAAAGGCAGCUCCGCCGGGACAAGAGGGACGCUCGCAGGGAACUGAAACUGUUGCUUCUCGGUACCGGAGAGAGCGGGAAGAGCACUUUCAUCAAACAGAUGAGGAUUAUCCACGGGACGGGCUAUUCAGAGGAGGAUAAGAGAGGUUUCACCAAACUGGUCUACCAGAACAUCUUCACAGCCAUGCAGGCCAUGAUCCGAGCCAUGGAGACACUUAAUAUCCCCUACAGAUAUGACCACAACAAGGGCAACGCCAACGUUGUGAGAGAGGUGGAUGUGGAGAAGGUCUCCAUGUUUGAGAAUCCUUAUGUAGAUGCUAUCAAGAGUUUAUGGAACGACUGCGGGAUACAGGAGUGCUAUGACAGAAGGAGGGAAUACCAACUUUCAGACUCCACUAAAUAUUAUCUGAACGCAUUGGACCGGAUUGCUGAGCCCUCCUACCUUCCCACCCAGCAAGACGUGUUGAGGGUUCGAGUUCCAACCACAGGCAUUAUCGAGUACCCCUUUGACCUGCAGAGUGUCAUAUUCAGGAUGGUGGAUGUGGGGGGUCAGAGGUCAGAGAGGAGGAAGUGGAUCCAUUGCUUUGAGAAUGUCACCUCCAUAAUGUUCCUGGUGGCGCUGAGUGAGUACGACCAAGUUUUGGUGGAGUCAGACAACGAGAACCGGAUGGAGGAGAGUAAAGCAUUAUUUAGGACGAUAAUCACAUACCCCUGGUUCCAAAACUCCUCCGUCAUUCUGUUCCUCAACAAGAAGGACCUGCUGGAGGAGAAGAUCAUGUACUCUCACCUAGUUGACUACUUCCCAGAAUAUGAUGGUCCCCAAAGAGACGCUCAAGCUGGGCGAGAGUUUAUUCUCAAGAUGUUCGUGGACCUAAACCCCGACAGCGACAAGAUCAUCUACUCCCACUUCACUUGUGCCACUGACACAGAGAACAUCCGUUUCGUCUUUGCUGCCGUCAAAGACACCAUCCUGCAGCUCAACCUAAAGGAGUACAACCUGGUGUAGUGGCAGCAGGGUGGAGAAUGGCUGGUUGUGCCUGCAGGAUGGUCCUCAACACACUGACUGACUGUCGCAUUCUGUGAAAAGAUAAAACAUACACACAUGAAAAGAGAAAAUUGGAGAAAAAAGUGUAAUGGUUGCACAAUACUAAUUUAUUUGCCAUUCGUUAACCCCUUGGUCCCCGAGGGGUGAGCACAGUAAAUGUUAUCUUACUAUUUAAGGAGUUGAUGAAAUGUAUUGGGGGGGGGGUGCAAAGAAGGACUGAA